CGCCGAGAACUCUUUUUAUAAGCAGUGCGACUUUAUUUCCCAGAUUGCACCGCGCACCGUGAUGUUCCCAACAGCUGACAGACGGCGAAGCCUCUGCCAGAGCUGUCGGUGGAAGCUAGCGGAGCCCUGUCGUCGGAAAACCACACCGACAGAAGAAGAAAGAAAAAAAAAGAAAAGACGAACCGAACCUUUGCGGGAACCGAGCCGCUGAACGAGUGCGUUGUUUUGAGGAAGACAUAUUUAGUUGGUCUUGCCAGCUUUUUAUUUAUUAUUUUUUUUUUUUGUUCUUAUACCCCAGCAUUGGCAGCCGCGGGGACAAUUGCUGUCAGCUAACUUCCACAAUAGGUCGCUGCAGCGUCGCUGGACCGCCGCUUUAUGUUUUGUUCCAGCUCAGCGGUUUGACUCCAGCCCCUUCCCUCUCCAGCCGUGCCCCAAUGCUGAGGAAUGGAUAGCGUGUCUGCCAACGGUGGGAAGAUGGUCGAGAGUGAUGGGCAGCAGCCGGAGAGGCACGGCGGCGGCGGCGGCGGCGGUGGCGCAGCGAUGGCCGCGCUCCAUCAGUGCGAGCUCAUCCAGAAUAUGAUUGAUAUCUCCAUCUCCAGUUUACAAGGGCUGCGCACCAAAUGCGCCGCGUCCAACGACCUCACGCAGCAAGAAAUACGCACUUUAGAGGUAAAGCUGAUGAAAUACAUCUGUAAACAGCUGCAGUGUAAAAAGAAAGUCCCAGAGGCAGAGAGGCCCGAGGCCCUGGACGGCUACCCGCACCUACGAGACUGGCUGCGCACCGUCAACCUGCGGCCGGAGCUCAUCCAGGCGGUGGAGGCCAAGCUGUCCCUGGACGCGUUGCUGCAGAUGACAGGAGCUCAGGUGAGCGAUGCGAUGAGAAGACUGGGGUCCAGCUCCGAAGAGUGUUCUAGAGUCGGUGCUGCCCUCUCCUGCCUGAAGAGUGCCACUGAAUCCGGAGGUGAAAUGAAAGAGGAUGGUGUUUCCUGGUUGUCCGAGCCCAUUAGGCGGGACAGCGGCUCCCUACUCACCGCCGACCAGCUGCCUUACCUCGGAACCCCCCUUCGCCCCCACAGUCCAUCGCCUCUGGCGCGCCCAUCCACCAUCCAGUCCACCCCAUCCACCCCCUCCGCCACCUUCCACCAUCCCCGCUCCGGUUCUGUUUCGGCAGCGCCUUCGCCGGACGGCCUGGGCUCGUACGGCCACGGCGAGAGCCCUCUCGCCGAUCUGUUCCCCAUGCCUCGGCCACGCACAACCCGGCUCCAAGUGCACACUUCCACCCCGCCCGUUACCCCUCCCUCCAAGACGCGCCUCAAGCCGAAGCCGCCCUGCACUCCCCCGCCGCCGUCCCACAAGGUGCUGCCUCUGCUGCCCAACAUUUCUCUGACGCGCAGCAAAAGCCACGAGUCCCAGCUGGGCAACCGCAUCGAGGAUCCUCCCAACAACAAGUGCGGUAAAAAGAACAAAUUGUUGCCGAACAUGCAAGUGAACGGUAACGAAUGUGAGGACUCGCCGUCUCGAUACCCGGGCAAGCCGGCACGGACCCCCGGAGCGACCACGGCUCCCAGCACCGCACCUUACACCCUGCCAGGGACCCCCACGUUAAGUGAGGAGCCCAGCAUAAUUAAGAAUAACGUAGCAUUGCACCGCAGCUCCCCAAAAGCUGUCAGAAGGGACAUCGGUCUAGCAGUAACGCACAGGUUUUCGACCAAGUCCUGGUUGUCCCAGACAUGUCAAGUGUGCCAGAAGAACAUGAUGUUCGGUGUUAAAUGCAAACACUGUCGAUUAAAGUGCCACAACAAAUGCACAAAGGAGGCUCCAUCCUGCAGAAUCUCCUUUCUACCAAUUGCCAAAAUUAGGAGGACCGAGUCAGUUCCUUCUGACAUAAACAACCCUGUGGACCGACCGCAAGAAGCGCCGCAGUUUGGUACAUUACCAAAGGCCAUAACGAAAAAGGAUCCUCCCGUCAUGAACCAGCUGGACUCGAGCAGCAACCCCUCCUCCACCACUUCAUCCACACCUUCCUCCCCGGCCCCCUUCCAGCAGAGCAACCCCCCAAGUGCCACCCCUCCACCGAACCCUUCGCCCAAGGGACACAGAGACAGCCGAUUUAACUUUCCAGCUGCGUAUUACUUUCAGCAUAGGCAGCAGUUCAUCUUCCCCGACGUUUGCAGUCCUGCGAAUGUGUACUCUGACGUCCUCCAGGACCCCGUCAGCGAGGCAGAACAGCCGGCGGAUGACACGCACCCUGAUCUGGUAGAGGAUGAAGAUGAAGAGGAAGCGGACGAGGACAUCGAGGUGGAGGACGAAGAUCCCGAAGCGGAGGAGGAGAACGAAGACGACGACGGGCAGGACCCUGGAGGGGAAUACGAGGACAGGGAGGACAUGAGGAUGAACAUUGGCUCAGACGGUGAGUGCGACGAGCUGGACGAUCUGCCGUGCUCUCGCGGAAACCAGUGGAAGGGCCCCAUAUCCCGCAAGCCCAGUCAGACUAGCGUGUACCUGCAGGAGUGGGACAUUCCUUUUGAGCAGCUGGACCUAGGGGAGCUCAUCGGAAAGGGCCGCUGGGGCCGAGUGCACAAGGGUCGGUGGCACGGCGAGGUCGCCAUCAGGCUUCUUGAGAUCGACGGGAACAAUCAGGACCACCUGAAGCUCUUCAAGAAGGAGGUGAUGAACUACAGGCAGACCAGACACGAGAACGUGGUCCUCUUCAUGGGGGCCUGCAUGGCUCCACCCCACCUAGCCAUCAUCACCAGUUUCUGUAAAGGGAGGACGCUGUAUUCAGUCGUUCGGGACACUAAGAACAAUUUGGACAUCAAUAAAACGAGGCAAAUCGCUCAGGAGAUUGUUAAGGGAAUGGGCUACCUUCACGCCAAAGGCAUCGUCCACAAAGACCUGAAGUCCAAGAACGUUUUCCACGACACCAACAAGGUGGUGAUCACGGAUUUUGGCCUGUUUGGGAUUUCUGGAGUGGUUCAGGAGGGGAGGCGUGAGAAUAAACUCAGACUUCCCCACGGUUGGAUAUGUUACCUCGCGCCGGAGAUCGUGCGUAAAAUGAGCCCGGGUAACAACGAGGACCGCCUUCCCUUCUCCACAGCAGCAGACGUGUAUGCCUUUGGAACAAUCUGGUAUGAGCUUCAAGCGAGGGACUGGCCAAUCACGAACCAGCAUAUCGAAGCCACCAUCUGGCAGGUUGGCAGUGGAGAGGGCAUAAAGAAGGUUUUGGGGGAGAUCAGCCUGGGCAAGGAAGUCACUGAGAUCCUCUCGGCCUGCUGGUCGUUUGACCCGAGAGACAGACCAACCUUCACUCAGCUGGCCGACAUGCUGGAGAAGCUGCCCAAGCUCAACCGCAGGCUCUCGCACCCAGGACACUUCUGGAAGUCUGCAGAGUUGUAGCAGUCACUCAGAAACAUAAGCAAUGCAAAACAAAGCCUGGGCCUGCCUUGCAUGCUCCUGAAUCCUUAACUGUUACAGGAUUGAUCAAAGCAUUGCCUCAGCCUGAAACGGGGCGCCACUUCCACUAAUCCCCCGUCCAAUCUUCCGUGUCUAACCGCUGGCGUUGUUCUCGUUUGGAAGAGACGAUCGAGGGACUUGAAAUAUGAAAGUUGGGGGGGGAGGUGGUGGAGACAGCCGCUGUAGCCCUCCUUGCUUUCCCUUCUGACACGUCUUUAAAAGUUUUAUUUUUUUUAUGUGAUUCUGAAACAUCUGCCGGGCUUGUUAACGACUGGCUUGCGGUGCCUGUGCCGAGACUGAUUGACUGACCGACUGUGGUCCGGGCCUGCUGAUGGCUGCUCUCCUUCUCUGUGCUGCUACCACGCGGUUGCUCUCGCGGGGGGGGGUCCUGACCACACGGCACUUUGUUUGUUCCUGCCUGAACACACGCACACAGACACAAAGCAAAAAGACGCUGCUGGACCUAAAACGGACCCAAUCACUGAACGGACAGCUUCAUUUAUCUCUGCGCCCCUCCCUCAGGGUGGGGGGGGGGGGGGGGGCUGACACACGUCGGACGGGCUGCUUGAGUGAUGCUCUCAAAGCGGCCGCCUUGUGCCUCUUCUCCGUGGCUUUUCUUUACGGCUUGUGUGACAGCAUGUGUUCAACGACCCGUGCCCAGACGAUAUGCACUUUUGUCCAAAAAGAAAAUGAAAAUAAAGAAUUUUAGUUUUUCUUUUUGGAUUAUAAUUUAGUUUUUUUUUUUUUCUUUAUUUCUCGCAUGGUGAUUUUUUGCUGUGUUCUUACACUUUCUCUUCAGGCUAGUCUCUAAGACUGAACCGUGUGACGUGCUCACUUGUAUGUUGUCCUCACGAUCUGGUAAAUCUCUGUUUUAUGGGAUGCAUUUGAAAGCACCAACAAGUCGCUGAGAGGUUUGAGUGAAAAUGAAACGGGUCAAAAGUAGACGGGAAUGAUAAAAAGCGUAAUAUCGAUUUGACUGAAAUGCAUCGAUCGGGAAUCGGAUGCGAACGUGUCCCAAAAUCCUCCCAUAAACACGGCCUCCUCAGUGCGCUUGUGUCCAUCGUUUCCUGGCUUCAGUUGGGUUGUUGGUAUUUAUGUGUUGGUUCUUUUUUUUUUUUUUUUUUUAUCUCGUGGGUGCACGUACAACUGGGUGAGCGUUCAGUGUUGGAAUAUGUUUGUGUUUUGGGGGGAUUUUUAUUUUAAUUUUUUGUGAAAGAUUGCAGUUCGUGUUCCAGAUCCAGUUCUGUGUAAUGUACAUAAAUUAAUAUAUAGCAAAUUAACACAAUUCUUUUAAAAUUUGUAUUAAACAUUUUAUAUGUAAAAUAUGUCAACAUUUUUGAUUAGGUAGUCCUCUGGCUAUUAUGGAUAUGUGUGUAUAUAUAUACAUAUAUAUUUAUAUUUUUUCAUGUAUAAAAACACUGUAUAAAGGCUGUACAUGUUUUUUUUUAAAGGAUGGUCCAAGUCAUGUUUUUUAUGUUGUAAAGAUCCAUAUUUUUGUAUUGCAUGUGACUACCAUUCUGUACACAUAGUUUCUGUUUCCAUCCAUGGAAGACAAUAAAAUGGGCUUGUCAUGUAACAAGCUAACGCCGUUUUA